CAUGCAGAUGUACAGCUGUUUCUCCUGCAAGUGAAAGCAAAGGAGAACUUCUUGUGGGUCAGUCAAUAAUUUUCAUUAAUAUUUUUUAUCUUAUAUUUCUUCACUGAUCAUCUUUCCUUUUUACAAAAGGCCUUACCACAUGUUAAUUUAUAUUUAAAAUUUUGUUUAGGUGAGAUGUGCAUUUUCUUUGUGGCUGAUGGAGCCAUAACUGGUGCUAACUACACUCAGUUGUUGCUAGGAAACCUUGACCAGCUGUCAAUCACCUGGCCACACACGGAUAUUCGAGAACUUCACAAGCGCUGGUACCAGCUCCAAGAUGUCGGCCUGGAGAUUUUCCUUAUCAGUGGCCGCACUUGUCUGUUGGCCUUCCAGUCUAUGCGGGUGAGUAGAAUGGGUAUUUGUGCCUUAAAUUUUAAAAAGUGUCAAAACUUCUCCAUUUACUGCUCUCAUUGAAAUGUUAUUGAGCCAUCGCUGAUUGGUAAUAAGGCCUCUCGGCCAUAUGAAAUGUUUGUUAUGUGCAAGUACACACCAGUCCUACAGUCAGUUGUCAGAUUGUUAUCUUAAUGGUUAUCCUAAUGUGUAGUUACAUUUACAAGCAUCACUCUCUGACAGGAGAGAGAUGAACUGUACACCAUCCUACGUAACACACUAGAGCUGCCAAACCUUGUUGCCGCCGAGACCCUCCAAACCAUUCAGCAAAGUUGGCUGGCAGGGGAAGUAACCAACUACGACUACCUCAUGCACCUUAACAAGUUGUCUGGAAGGAGCUACACUGAUUUAAUGCAGUACCCAGUGUUCCCCUUCAUCCUAAGGGACUAUCAGAGCAAUCAGUUGAACUUGGAGAGCUCACACGUGUACAGGUGUGUAUGGUUGCAAAUGGCAGCAUUCUCUUCUGGUGUUUUCCCAAAGCUGUUUAAGCUGCUGUUAACAAAUGGGUCAAUUAAAUGAAAAUUUAGAAGUGCACCAGAGUUCAGGUGAAAAUACGUCCAAUAAACAUUGUAAUUACUUGUAAUCAAUUAAAUUUUGCUGAUUACAGCAGACAGCACUAAAUUAACUGAAGCGGAUAAUGGUCAUUUACAACCAAUCCUCAUCGCUUGAGGUAAAGAUUGCUAAUUUUAGCAGCCUUAUGACAAUUUGGUGUUAAACAUGUCAGUGUUAUUUUCUAUUGAAAAGUAUUUAUAUACCUGUUGACAUCCUUUCUACUUAAUUUUAUGUUUUCCAUAUCAGAUCUCUCUCUAAAAAUAAUCCUCUUCAACAAUACUUUUUCAGAAAUCUGAAAAAACCAAUAGCUAUUCAGGAUAAGUCAAAAGAACAGCGCUACAAAGAUAAUUUUGAGGUAAAAAUAUCUUUAUCCUAGUUUCAAAUUAGUUAUACCCUAACAGGUGGAGGUAAAAUAAAAAUACAAUUAUUUAAUACAGUUCUUGGGAACAUUUUAAAUUUCAUAAACCAGAUCCCCAAAUCUAUUCCAACAUGACAGAAAGGUUUUAGUUCUCAAUUGAACUUAGUUCCAUAUACCAAUAUUAACAUUUUUUGAUGAUAAAAAUCUGUGCUAUGGCCUCCUGUUAUAAACUGAAAGUGAAAUAUGUUUCUUCAAACAUCUGUAACUCCCACUUUGUUAUUAAUAGUUCCUUUGCCAAGAGGCCAGUAGACCAGACUCAGAGAAUGAGAUGAUGAGAGUUGCUCCUUUUCACUAUGGAAGUCACUACUCCAACAGUGGCACUGUCCUUCAUUACAUGGUUCGAAUGCCACCUUUCACUAGAAUGUUCCUCACCUACCAAGGUACAAAACCUGAUAGUAAUUAUGUAACAUUGUUAUGUUUCAAGUUCAUUUUAAAAUAUGGAUAUUUUUAUCUUAUUAAAGAAAUGUUUUUAAUGCAAAAAAGAAGAAAAAAAAUUACUUUUCAUCUAAUUUAAAACCAUGUUUCUGUUUUCCAUGGGAUGAUUUUUUUGUGAAUUAAUUAAAUGAUUUUUAUCUUUGUAGAUAGCAGCUUUGACAUUCCAGACAGGACAUUCCACAGUAUGGGAACAUCAUGGAGAUUAUCCAGUUUUGAGUCAAGUACUGAUGUCAAGGAACUCAUACCAGAGUUUUUCUUUUUCCCUGAAUUUCUCAUCAACAGUGAAGGUGAUAUUAGUUUAAAAAGUAGUUUUAAAAAGAAAUUUGUUCAUGGUGGAAGACAUGUAUAUUAGAAGUUCUUUGCUUUGCAUGGUCAUUGAUAAUAAUUGUGGGGGUAAAAAGUUGACAUUAUAAAUACUUAGGAGGGGGGGUCAUCGAAAGUGUGACAGUUGUUGACAAAAAGGGGGGGGGGAUAAAAAUGGCUUAACAAUUGUCGACGUAAUUAAUGAAAUGAAUGCAUUUUUUUUUUAAAUGUUAAAAGUAAAGGUUUUUUGUUAUUGUUUAAAAAUAAUUUCAAGAAAACUUCCAAGCUGUUCUUAAGGCAUUUAACAUAUUAAAUAUCUUCAUGAACUUUGAAGAAAAAGGUCUUAAAUGAAACAUUACUUAAAUGGUGGCAAAUGAGAUAUACAUAAAUUAGGUGGAUUUGUUGUAGUUGUUUAACACAGAGCUGUUUUAAUUGGUUUUAUAAACAACUAGUUUGUCUUCUUGUAGGAUUUGACUUUGGUCAGCGACAGAAUGGAGAGUCUGUAAAUGAUGUUAACCUUCCCCCAUGGUGCCAAGGUGACCCACGGCUAUUUGUCUUCAUUCAUAGACAAGCCUUAGAGUCUGCACAUGUGACCUCUCACCUUAACCAUUGGCUGGACCUGGUGUUUGGAUACAAGCAGCAAGGAGAGGAGGCUGUCAAGGCCAUUAAUGUCUUCCAUCCAUCUGUAAGAUUUCCAUCUGAUUAUUUUGGGAAAUUUAAAUGAUUUGAAGACACUUAUCCAUUCAUCCAUGUGAUGCCUUAGGCCUGCCUCACCACUUCUUCCCACUCAGAUCUAAAAGCUUUAACCGAGGCAUCUUCAAGUUCCCUGAAUGCUUUAAUUAUAUCAUUGCUGUUUCUGCCUAGUAGCGCUGUGAGAUCCGCGUAUGCCAGGUACUACAAUGGCUGGCUAUAUAAAGUUCCUGAUGAUUGUUGCUCUGUAAUACCUCACUGGUUGUAGUUUUAUAAUGUUUCCACUGUUGCUCAUUUUGUAUGUUUCUAAUUUAGAGUCUGAUGCCAUUGUCAUUGGAAUAUUCAUGUAGAGUCUCCUUGCAUAAAUACUUUUUCUUUCCCUAUUUUGACAUAAGUCGCCAAUCACUUUUUAAUUUCAUGUCGUGGUGGAACAUCCUAGAUCUUCUCCAGUGUCACAUAAGAGGAUUCUUUUAUCUGACCUUCUGUAUCUGCUAUGGGAGCAUGACCAUUUAUAACCUCAUCCACUUUUAAAAAGUCCCUUAACACCCAUCUGUUUAGCUCCGCCUAUGACCUGUGAUGCACCCUCCUUGCCCUGCCUCAUUUUCUGUCUCGGGUUGAUCCUGUAGUAUAGGCCAAAACGUGCCAAAGUGUCCUCGUUUUAUAGCCAUUUUAAUUGUUUCUAUAGAAUAGUAGUUACUAUCCUAGUGUCUCAUUUUUAUUUUACUUAGUUUACAUGUUUUUAAUAAUUGUAAAGCGCUUAGAGCUUUAAGGUAAGCGCUAUAUAAAAAUGCCUAAAUAAAUAAAUAUUAAUUAUUUUUCCUUGCACACAUAAAGAGCACAAUCUUUCAAUCUCUGGUUUAAAACCUAUAACUACACCAGUGGCUUCUUUCUUCACAGCAAAUCCUGUUCCAAGAGUGUUAGUGUUGUUGCCAAAAUAAAAUAUGAUGUAGUUUUUUUGUCUUGAGGAUGUCUGCAUUUUUCCAUUGAAUUACUUGAAAUACAGCAAUAGAGAUUUUAUAUUUAAUUAGUUGUUCUAUUAGAUUAGGUAAAGCUCCUGCUCUAAACAGGCUUAGUACGUUUCAAGUCGCAGUCCAAAAAUCAUGUCCAUAUCCAGCCAUGGGUCGAUUUCCAUUAGAAUCAGUCUGGGUUUUAUUUUGUUGUAUGGCUUUCGGAACUUUUUCCUCUUUUUACAUAGCCGGGUUUUUAGCCCUGCGCACAACCAUCUGAGGGGCUGUCCCUUACAGCUCUCUAGGUAGUUGCCUUAUCUUUUCGGUAAGGUUUUCUAGCUUUGGGGACCCCUCCACUUACUAAAUGGCAGUUAGUACUGAUUUUGGUCCACCCCGGGUAUUUUAUAUCCCCAGUAGCCGCCAUAUCUGGUGGGCUUUCCCCUAUCUGACACCUGGGCAGGGGCUUGAUGGAAAAUCAGUAUCAACGAUCAAGUGAAGAAAUUUAUACUGACGAGAAUAAGCUAAAGAUGAAGUUUCUUUUACAAAUUUUAUACUUAGUAAUAAAUUAGCACCCUUGAUUUUGAAAUUAUUAAAACUUUCUGUGGGCUUUUCUAAAUUUCAUAAAAAGUCAACCCAUCUAGUUUAUUAACAAUAAAACAAUAUGGUAAAACUAUUGAAAAUAUUAGUAUAUGAUUUAUUGUAUUGUAAGAACUUUGAAUCAUCCAUUUAUUAUUGAAACAUGUACCUUCUUUAAAAAGAAUAAUUAAACAUCUUGUAACAGCUUUGUCUAAAAAUCUGUUAUUUUUUCAUAUUUACAUUUCUGUCCCAUAGACAUAUUUUGGUGUUGAUGCCAGUGGCAUCCGAGACCCACUUAAGCGCCAGGCCCUGAUAACAAUGAUUAAAACAUACGGACAGACGCCCAAGCAGCUGUUCCGUACACCACACAAGGCAGUGCAGCCUCAGGCCACCACUCCUCAGCAUGUGGGCAUGGAUUAUAGACAAGCAUAUGUGGUAGGUAUAAAAUAGGGUGAUAGUCAAUGUUUGAUAAAUAUUUUACUGGAGUUUAGAAAAUUUUAAUAAGUGAAUAUUUUAUAUGAUGACAGACAAUUAUGUGUGUUAAAAAAUUAAAAUACAUUAAAAAGUCAUGUUUUAUAAAUUGUGGGUGGAGAUUCAUCACUUUCAGCUUUGUAGCUAAUGGGUAAGUUUGGUGAGUUAAAAAACGAAUGCAGACAAAACAUUUUAAAACAUAUAUUUGUUCAUUUAAUAGGACAGUUGAUGAUUGCAUUAAGCAUUGUCUUCUUUCUAAAGCCCCCACCUGUACCAAGUGUGAAAGGCCUGAAGUGGGGCAACUACUUGGGCUCUCUUGAUUUGGGCCCCCCAAUGUCAAGGGAUCUUGUAAAUGUUGCACCAAAAGUGAUUACAAAACUGGUGGCUCUGCCUUUUGGUCCAGUGUUUGGUGUGGAAAGAAAUGCCAACAUUCUAUUACUUCAUGGCAAGAAAAGAGGUAUUUUUACUACAUCAACUCAGUAACUUUAUGGGAUAUGUAUCUGUUCUUGCUAAAUUCUAAAUGGUUAUCUGGUUAAGUAAAGAAUGUAUAAUUAUUAAAAGAGUAAAACAUUCAAAGGAAAUACGUUCAUGCAGGAGCAUCUUUAUAAACAGUUUUCUGCUCUGCUUUUUUUCAACUGAAACCUUCUUUACAAAAAAUUAAAGUACGAUAAGACAUUUAUUAAAUAUUUAAAACUUAAAAUAAAAUAAAAAUUGCUCUAAACAUUUAGGGUCUUUAUCAACUAAUAAUUAUUGUUGAAGUUAAAGAAGUUUUUAAGGAGGCUUGAUGGCUAUACUUUUUACAACUUUAAUAAGAAAUAAAUUAUUUCAAGUUUAAUUAUUAAAUUUAAUGUAAUAUUCCCCUUUAAUUAGCACAUUUUAUCCAUAUAAUGUAUGGUAUUUCUAAUCCUAAUAGAUAAAUGUAUAUUCUUAGAGCAAGGUGUUAUUAAUAGUGAUAAUUACUAACUAAGUGACUCAAAUACUCUACCAGAUAUGGCAGUGAAGACAGCUGAUGUUAUGUGGGCUGGUGUUGUAACAUGGGACUACCAUGAUAACAUCAUUCGUAUACGCAGCUCCAAUGAUAAACCUCUCAUUAACUUUAUGCCACACAAGUCAUUUGGAAAGGUGGGUCACUUGUUUAGUCCACCCUUACAUUUCAACAAUAAAACAACCACAUCCAUUAGAAGAAUUUAUAAAUAAAUUUAAUUUGGAAUGAGCUUUUUUUCUAAUAUACAAAGACAAUAUGACAUUUCUUUUACAUGGUAUUUCAAAUGUAGCAUGGAUGAUACUUAAAGUUAGCAGGGUUUGGGAAGAGGUUAUUCUUUUUAUAACCCAUAAUGAAUAUAUAAUGUUUAUAUGGAUAUUUGCCCAUCAAGCCUAAUGUACAUUUAGGUAACGUGUGUGGAGUCAGUGCCUGACUGUCGCUUGUUGUUUACCGCUGGUAGUGCUGGAGUCAUCAAUGUCUUCUCAAUGACACAUAAUUCUUCCAAGGUAAGCCACAGACAGCUUAAAAAUAUAUUACUUUAUCAGCUGAUGUUUCAUUUAAUUUUACAUAUCUUCUCCAUUAAGUGUGGUUUUACAACUAAACAGAAAUAGUUAUAGCCCUAAAUGUGAGAUGCAAUCCCAUAACUCCCAGUUUGCAAGACUGAUCAGUUUUUACUCAAUAAAAUUAACAAAUCUUAUUUACAUAAUGCAUGCCAACUCCUGAAGUCAAAAACCUCCACAAAAAUAUAGGAAACCUGUAUAAAAAUGUGUGAAAUAGAUUACUAAUAUUCUUAUUUUUUUGUCUUUUAUUUUGUCUUUACCUUGGCCUUUUAUGAAACUACCAAUGACCCUUAAGUAUCUAUUUUAUCUCAUUUGCUAUUUUUGACCAUAACUGAUUGAUAAGGACAAAAAUUCACUUUGAACAGACCCAUAGGUUUUUUAGUUAAGUUUCAAUAUGUUCAUUCAACACUGUCCCAAAAGUAAGUUCUAAUAACUAAGGAAAACAACAUAGCCUACCAAAUCAUGUUCUUGUCAAACAAAUCAGAAAAACCAAAACUAGCAAUCAUUCAUCCAAAAAUCACUUUAUGAACUAACUUUGAUAUACCACUUCCAGCCAAGCAGUCUACAGUUAAGAGGAGCCAAGAAAACUCUGUAUGGCCACUCAGCUCCCAUUACCUGCUUGUUUGUUAGUCAGGCUUUCAGUGUUCUGGUCAGUGGUAGCAUGGAUGGAACUUGCAUCAUCUGGGACUUGAACAGAUUGAAUUAUGUCAGGUCCAUCAACAGCCACAGUGCAGAGAUCACUGCUCUCACUGUCAGUGAUACAUUAGGUGACAUAGCCAGUGUUAGCUGGACAAGUGAGUUGACUUUAUCUUAACCUUACAUUAGAUGACAUAGCCAGUGUUAGCUGGACAAGUGAGUUGACUUUAUGUUGACCCUUGACCACUUUUUCCCCUGACUAUGGUAAAAUAAAAUGUAAAAAAUGAAGGACCACAUACCUUGUUCUACUAUUUCAUAAAAUAAAAUACGACUGAAGUUAGCAACCCCCGAAGAAAAAUGAUCAUGUGAGAGUUCAGUUGUUUAGAAAGCCAGCUAUUCUAGGUGGUCAGCCAUCGUGAAAUCCAUUCCAUUGCCACAUUGAAUUAAACAAUUAAAAAAUCAAUGUUUAUGGGGAAAAUUAUAGAAAACUGAGUGAUACAAAGGAAAUUAUACAUUUUUAAAAACUUUGAAAAAUAAAAAUUAAAGUUAUUGAGAGAAAAUUAGAUAAAAUAUGUCUUCACUAUUUCUAGGUAAAGAAUCUUGUAGCCUCCAGCUUCACACAAUAAAUGCAGCCCAUGUAGCGACUCAGGAAGUCUCUGAUAUCAUCCACUGUCUGGCCUACUCCAGUGCUCCAGAAGGUAGAUCAGUCAAUGUGGUGGCUGGUGGGAUGGAGACUGGCAGCAUCAGGUGGGUGCUACUCAUGACUCUUUAGGAUAGAACUUCUAUUUUAUUUUGUAAUGAUUCUUAUGAAUCUGAACUAUUGUUACAUUAGAUAAUUUGUGGCUUACAUUUGGAAGAUUCUUAAAUUAAGUUGCUGCACGUAUGAUAGUUUGUAGCUGCAUGUCAGUUAAACGUAUUUACUUCUAAAGACUGUGAUAAUUCAUUUUCAACUAAAUCUAUUUUGUACAAAUUAAAUAUCAGUGUCAUGAAUAAAUUUUGCUUUUCUGUUGUCAUGCUUUGGUUCAUAAAAUUUUUUUUUUGAAACUUGUAUUAGUAUUUAAGUUUAUAUUUUUUCUUCUAUGUUCCUGGCAAUAAUCGGGUUAAAUGGGGUACAUUAUUAACUAAGUAGGCUAGAGUUUAUUAUAGUCUCACAAGUUCUUCUCCUUUUUCAGAUUGUGGAGUAGCUGGGACCUGUCACCACUAAGAGAUCUUACAAAGGAUAGUUCAAACUUGGCACCUAUCAUCAGGUACAUGGCAAGAUUUUAUUGAUAUUACUACCAUCGGUCUUUGCUGGCAAUUUUUUUAAUUUUAUGCAUAAAGAUAUAACAUGGCUGGGAUAACUCAAUCCAUAUUGAUAGCAUUGUAAAGCGGAGCUUGCCUCUUGGUCCUAGAGUUUUACUUAAAAAUUUGUACUCACCAUGAAAUAUAAAACUGUUAUGUUUUUAUUCAAAAUAAUAAAUUAAUAACAUAGCAAGUUGUCAAGCAGUUUCCCCAUCCUCGUCUUGGCGUCACACAGUACACUCUAACACUUCACACAACUGGUCAUGCACAAGGGUAGCCCCAGCUGUCUAUUUGUAGGGUGUAGUCAACUUUAACAAAAAACAUUGAUAUUAAUUUACACAGACAUUAAUACUCAUGACUUAAUUUAACAAGUUGGACAUGACGUUAUUUGAUUCUUUUACACCUGAAUAACAUUUCAGAGUAUCGUCAUCUCAUGUUGAUGAUUUCAUGAUUAAAUACUUUUAUCCUGCAUAAUCACAAAGAAAACUUACUAAUCAAAAAAUUCUUGCCUCAGCUGUAAAAUGGAAACUGCAUAGACAUUUUGCAAUAAGAUUUUUAUUAGGUUUAUUUUUUUUUUAAAUUCAACUAACAUUACUCAAUUUGUUUAUUAUUUUUAGUUCAUAUUUUUAAUUUAAAAAAUCCCUUAAAAGUUUGAAAUAAUUCUUAAAACUGAUUUUCCCUAAGUUUGACCUUCUCUGUGGACUCGCAAUACCUUCUGGCAUCUGCUGCUGAUGGAGUUGUCACACUAUGGGAUAAGGAUGUGAAAUCAUUGCGGGAACAUGCAGAAAAGUUUAUCCCUGUGAUUAUGGAUGGUGAAAAGUGAUACAAAGAAAGAUGGUAAACCAGAAAGGUUUUCCUGGCAAUGGAUGUGAUUUCCACAACUCAUGUCAAAGUAGUUCAAGACACCUGGCUUGUGUCCACAAAAUUCUAGUGGAUCAGACAUGCAGGUUACUUUUGUAAAUUAAUUAAAACUGUUUUGUUAGCUACAUUUACUAAACUUCAAAACAAAAUGUUGUAUAAAAGUUUUACUUGAGACUGAGUAAGUUGUCACAGCUCAACUGUCAGUAUUAUUUCUUCUUGGCAUAAUUCAAUGAUUCCUUUGUCCUACCUCAUUAUAACCCAAACCUACCAACAAAAUUCUUACCUUUUCAUUUAUUUAUAUUUGUAUUCACCUCUUAGAAUUUAUUUUUAUUGACUUAUGGAUUAAAAAUAUUUUUAUUUAAAAAAAACAUGGGCAGAAUCUCAAUAAUUUGUUCUUACAAGGUUACAUGAUUUCCCCAAUAAAGUUUUCUGAUACAUAAAUACUUAACUCUUGAUUGUAAAACUAUUUGAGCAUCACAGCACUUUAACAAAGAACAUAACUGGUAAGAAAGAUAAAACAGUCCAGAAAUAUUUUCAUUGCAUGUAUAUUAUUUUUAAAAUGAAUAUUGUUUGUAGCCCCUGGAUUUUUUUGAUUUUUUCAUAUGAUUAUUUAUUUUCUUUACAUAUUGCUCUUUUUCAAACAGAAUUCAGAUUCAAAAUAUUUACUACACAGUAUCAGUUCAAGCUGUUUCAAAUUGAAAAGUUUUAUAAAACAAAAAAAGAAGAUAUCCAGAUAUUUACAUAUUGAUAAAAUCAUAUGUUUUCUUCCAUUGUUCUUUUGUGCAAGUUAUGUAUUAUUUACUUUGAAAAAAGUUUUAUUUACUUCAAAACAAAUAUUUACAAUGAGAUUAGCUUCAUAUAAGCAGAGAAAAAAUCUCAAAAUAUUUUCAUAUAACUAAGGAAAUUUUAAAUUUUUUGCCACUUUGCAUUGUUGCUUGUCCUUUAUUGUGUGUUUGGAAUGAUAUUACAUUUGUAGGUUUGUCCAAGUAAAGCAUUUGCCAAAACUAGCUGUACUCAAAUUCCUGCAUCUUGAAUGACUACUUGUGUCUGUCAUCUGUGCAUGGCUCCAGCUGCCAUGUGACCAUAGAAGUGAAAACAAUUAAAAGUUGGGCAGUUGUUAUUGGCUAUGUAUUCAUAGUUGAGCAAUAUUUUUGCUAAUUAGUUGCUAAUACGUUAGUAGUGACAGUGUUUGUAAAAAUGUGCAAAAACAAUUAAGAUUUAAAAAUAAAAAAAAAAUCAGCACCAAGUAACACAAUUCUGGAAAGAUACUCUGUCAACAGAAGGGGAAAUUUGAUUGACUUGUAAGUUAAUGUGACUUUCCUCAGAGAAUCAUGCAUUCCUAUAAGAACUGGAUCCCUGUGAACCAUAGCCAGAACUUUCCACAAUACAUCAUCCUGGCUCAAAGAUCUGGUUCUGUCAAUUCGUUGUCUAACCUGUAUAUGGUAUGAAAAAUGCCUAUUUUCUUAAACUAUCUUGAAAGUAUGUAUGGAGAAGUUCAGUUUAAAAGAUGUUCCUCAUAGAUUUUGUAGGGCCAAGGCAGCACCUUCUGUAUAAAUGGACAUUAAAGGACCCAUUUCCAACAGCACUGCCCUAAACAACUUCCUUGACACCCUAGAGAACAUGUGGGAGCUGGAGCUAUGCACUUUUGACAAACGCACAUACCAGAUCAAGAUCCAGGAGUUUCAGUACUGUUUCUUUUUGCGCAUACUGUAUAUAGAAGAAAUAUACAAAAUUCUAUUUGGAAAAUGAAUUUUAAAAAAAGAAAGCUUACUUUUUUCUAUUUACUUACAUUUUCAUUCUUUUGUGACACUCCAUGUUGUCAUUCUGUUGCCCCAAGACCUGUUGUCAUUCUGGUGUCCCAUGCCUUGUUGUUAUUCUGGUGGGCCCCCUCCAUCUAUCACUUUAUGUUCCCCCUGUAGAUGUUGCUUUGUAUUGGCUUUUAUAAAAGUUUUUCUUAUGACGCUGGUAUUGUUAAUGUAGACAUCAGAGAUUUGAGAUUUGUAAAAAGAAUUUUUAUUAAGUAAUCAAAAACAGUUCUAUUUUAAUACAAAUGUUAAGAUAAAGUUGAAUGUUGUUCUUCUUUAA